GGAAUUUUCCCUUUAUCUUCAGCAAAAGGCGAAGAAAUGAAGGCUGUACUUUCUUUGAUUCUCUUGGGCGUUGUUGCCUGUGUCUAUGCCGGAGGCUAUGGUCAGGGGUACAACAGUGGUCAAUUUGUAUACCCUCAUUACCAAUACCAGUACUACAAACCCGCUUAUGCCCAGUUACGGUAUGUUCAGCAACCAUUAGUUGCCGUUGGACAGGGAGGAAGUGGAAACCUGUUCUAUGGAUCUGACACCGGCUCCGUUCUCCCGCUGCUUCUCAUACUCGUACUGCUGGGCGUUUUCGCGCCAUUGAUGAUUGCUUCUCUGACUUCCAGUAACGAAGUAGUUUUGGGGUCUCUGGACUAGAAGCAGAUCAUCUAAGGACGGAAUCUAGCAAAAGAAUUGGAAAGGGAAUCAACGUCAACAACCCGCAACAGAUUAUUGUAUAUCACAAAUAACCUUCCAAUCUUUUAUUUGUCCGAUUGUUCUAUUUCAUGGUCAACAUAAAUAUAAAUUGAAUAUACAUGUAUGUGCAUAAGUUGAAUUCAAUGACAAUAGCCAUAUGAUUAUAGUUCAAAUUUUUGACAAAUACGAAGAACUGAUUGAUUGCAUAUUCCAAGUGAACGAAGAUUUUUGAAACAGUCUGUUACCUACGUAAUUCACAAUGCUUUAGUUGUUUUACCUGUACUGUUGGUCAAAUGAAAUACACCAUCUUAACAUACA